UUUAUCCAACGACCACCAAUUUAUAUUCGUGAUGGAAGCAGCCCGACAAAACCUGCGAAGUGUCAUCUUCAAAAACCGAAUUCUGACCCCAGCGGAGUCUGAAAACUCCAAACUAGCAAUCGGCAAGUUCAUUAAGAGGGCGAUGGACAUAGCGGAUGGUUUAAACUACAUUCACGAGAGAGGACUUAUUCACAGACAUCUCAAGCUGGAAAAUAUUUUGGAAGACGAGGACGGGACAGCGAUGAUAUCAGAUAUUGGAAUUGUGGGCCAAUUUUUGGAAACAGAGAAAAGCAUAACUAACCUUGCACCCGAGGUGCUCGAAGACCUCAGGAAUCGUACAAAAGCAGCAGAUGUUUACAGUUAUGGUAUUGUAUUGUGGGAGAUGUGGUAUGGCGCCCAUGCGUUCAGAGAAUUUAUGCCUAUCGAAAAAGUCCAAUUCCGAGAAAAGCUGGUUGAAGGGUAUCGUCCAGAAAUGGAUAACAACAAAAUCAACAUACCAAAAAUACAUGGGGUCAUGGUGGCAAGCUGGGCUACUGAGGUUGAAAAGAGAUGGUCAAUGAAAGUGUGCUAUGAUACAUUAUCGGAUGUGACAGAAUGGAGACUGGAAUGAUGAAUGUCCAAAUGCGGGGGACAUUUAAGCACAUUUUACUCUAUGAAGAACAUAGGGCCUAUAGCCUGCCAUAAACAUAUAUACAAGUAGAUAAGCAUAGAGGACAAUGUUUUGGUAUUUUUUGAUAUAAAUUGCACGUUUUAAUUGAAAUAUAUAACGCAAACUUAAUGAAGCACGAAUAGUACUGUCAAAAUAGUAGUUGAAAGUAGUUUUUCAAAAACACUCGCGAUGUAGCAAAUAAGUAUCGAUUACAGUGU